AUGGCGAGUACUCUGUUUUUCAUAGUUGCUGUGCUCAUGUCCAGCACAGUGUUGGCAAACACUGGGGACGCAGAGGCACAAGUGUCCAAAAAUUCCUGCACCACAUCCGCCGCCUCAUCAGGAAUAUCUGUUGAAGUUGACAAGUCAACCAAAAAGGUCUCAUUUACCUGCGGCGCUGGCAUCAACGAGGUGCAGCCGUCAAACGAACAGUCCGGGAUCACUCAGUGUUACACGAAAGAAGUUCUGACGGAACCCAAGGACUUGGUGAGUCUUUUCGGCGAUGGUUCCCAAGUCACCGUCACGCCAUCAAACGGAGAAUCCAGUGACGGCGACAAAACAGUCACGCUGAAACUCGGCAAGCUCCCUCAGACAACACAGACCAUCUACUUCGGUUGCACUGGCAAGUCGGCGACAACGGGGGAGGGGCAGGAAACCCUCGCUGUGGCUGCAAAGGACGAAGAACAGAAAUGUGUCGUCACUGUAACCGUUCCCGCCGACCCAGACGCAAACAUAUGCCCAUGAGAAAUGUUAACCAGAUCUCACAGCUGGAGAGCGCAGCCUCACAGUUUGCCAAUCAAGACGAAAUGGCACUAGUGUCGGACACCACCAGGCGUCCAUAUCAGGUGGUACGAACAGUUCCGUUCUCCCCUGUUUCUUCGGCAGUACCGUAGCCUGUGUCUGCCACCUGACUCCGUGUUGGUCCUCUGUGGGUGCUUGCAGCCUGCACGCUUGAGAGGCAGAACAUUUAUCUCGAACUCACCAGCGGAACCAAGAGUGUUUCGUUCCAAUGCGACACAGACAUCCCCACUUUGACACCAGGUGUCGAUUCAAAAGCGAUAUUUGAUGAGACAUGUGCGAAAGAAGUGCCCCUGGCAGAUAUGCUGCCAUCCGCCAAACUGGCGACAGAGGGUUCACGCUAUACGUUCAGUGUCGACGAGCUGCCUGAAACUGCAGCCGCAUUUUGCUACAAGUGUUCCGCUCCUGCUACUCAGAAGGGCAAAGCGCCAGAGCAGCAGACAGUCGCAUGCAAUGUGAAGAUAAACAUUUCACCUGGUAGUCUCGAGGGUGCUGCGACCUCUGCCACACCUGGGUCAUUUUUGGCCCUCAUAUCCGCCUUACUUGUGCCCUCAAGCUUUCUAGUGUCUUUUUGAAGGCCUCUCCGGCGUAGUCAAGACCAAGGGCUGAAAACAUUUCAGAUCAGGGUCCGCCAUGCAAAAACAGUACGAGACCCGUAAAAAAUGAGGGAGCAACAUCUGUCUGAGAGGCCGGGAAAAUUGUGGGCUCCAUUCCGACGACGAUUUUGUAUCCUUUAGUGUGCAUAUGGCGACUUCGAUGGUGCACGUCCUGUCUUUCGGCA